AUGGCCAUGGGGACUGAGAGAUCGAAGCCGCUGCACAAUUUCACGCUGCCCUGCGAUCUCCGGUGGGGGAAUCAGCGGUUCCUCCGCUGCAUGAAGGUCAACUCCGGCGGACAAAUCUCGCCCAACCGCCGCGCCGGAGGCAACAGCUCCGGCUCCUCCGAUCACCACAACCACCACCUUCCGAUCCAGCAGCGCCGCGCGGCCGGGGAUCGAGAGAGGGAGAGGGACAGCGAUUCUUCGUCCCGGUGGUUCGCGGGCGGAUCUUCCCGGAGAUUCGGAUACGACGACGGCGGCGGGAUCGCCGCCACGAGGGAGAAAGUGAUGCUCGAUCUGCAGACGGCGGCGGAUAAGAUGAGAAGCGCGUUUUUCAAGGACGGCGGCGGCCUCGAGGAGGGAGAGGUCUCCGUCUCCGUCCCCCGGCCGCUCCCGCCUCCGCCGCCCGCCGCGUCGGCGGACGGAGAGGUUCACCGGCCGUGGAACCUGAGGACCAGGCGUGCCGCAGGAAGGACGGCGACGAACGGGUGCACCGCUGCCGCUGGCGUCAGGGGUUUGAGAGUGGACGCGCCGAGGCCAAACUCCGGCUCUUCCCAGAUGCGGUCUCCGGCAGCGGCGGCCACCCAGAAGUCGCCGAUUCGAAGGAGCGACGGCGGAGAGGCGGCGGCGGGCGGCGAGAGGGAGCGAACGAAGUUCUCCGUCGCGCUCUCGAAGAGAGAAAUCGAGGAGGAUUUCUUCUCGAUUGCUGGCCACAGGCCGCCGCGCAGGCCUAAGAAGAGACCGAGGACCGUUCAGAAACAGUUGGAUACCUUAUUCCCAGGAUUGUGGCUGACAGAGGUUACAACAGACAUGUAUAAAGUCCCUGAAGCUGCUCCAUAACAAAAUUAGAAAAAAAAUAAUAAUAAAGAGGUUAAAUGCGAAGGAUGGACUAAUACAGGGGCAAGCAACACCACCAACAUUGGAAAAUUGAAAUUUGAGUGAAGUGUUGAAAUUUCUCUGGUAAAAAUGUGGUGUACAAGAAAAGAAAAAAGGCUCUUAGUUUCUCUAGAAAUUCUAUUUUUGCUUUUUUUUUUUUUUUCU